AGCGUGCAGGACGGGCAAGGAGGGUGGGGGGCGGCGGAGUCUCCUGCGGACACCGCCCGCUCCCGAGCUUCUGUCAGGGGAGCUGGGCGUGCGGAGGCGGCUGAGGAGGCGGGAAGGCGGCAGUGGUUGAAGGGGUGAUUGCUGACUAGCGGGGAGGGAGUGGGCAGCGAUGGUGAUGGCGGCGAAGAAGGGCCCGGGCCCGGGCGGCGGGGUCAGCGGGGGCAAGGCGGAGGCGGAGGCGGCCUCGGAGGUGUGGUGCCGUCGGGUGCGGGAGCUGGGUGGCUGCAGCCAGGCCGGGAAUCGCCACUGCUUCGAGUGCGCCCAGCGCGGGGUCACCUACGUGGAUAUCACCGUGGGCAGCUUCGUGUGCACCACCUGCUCCGGCCUCCUGAGAGGGCUGAAUCCCCCUCAUCGUGUCAAGUCAAUCUCCAUGACAACUUUCACUGAGCCUGAAGUAGUAUUCCUGCAAUCCCGUGGAAAUGAGGUUUGCCGGAAGAUUUGGCUGGGUCUAUUUGAUGCUCGGACAUCUUUAGUACCAGAUUCCAGGGAUCCUCAGAAAGUGAAGGAGUUUCUCCAGGAAAAAUAUGAGAAGAAGAGAUGGUAUGUCCCCCCAGACCAAGUCAAGGGGCCCGCUUAUACCAAAGGCAGUGCCUCCACCCCUGUGCAGGGCUCCAUCCCAGAAGGAAAGCCCCUUCGGACACUUCUGGGUGAUCCUGCAUCGUCUCUCUCAGUUGCUGCCUCCACCUCGAGCCAGCCCGUCAGUCAGUCUCACGCUCGGACAUCCCAGGCCCGGAGCACUCAGCCACCUCCCCACUCCUCUGUCAAAAAAGCCAGUACUGACCUGCUGGCUGACAUUGGUGGAGACCCCUUUGCUGCACCCCAGACGGCACCAGCUUUUGCUGCAUUCCCUGCCUUUGGGGGUCAGACACCUUCCCACGGGGGCUUUGCCAACUUUGAUGCCUUCAGCAGUGGCCCCAGCCCUUCUGUGUUCGGAAGCCUCCCUCCAGCUGGUCAAGCCCCGUUCCAGGCCCAGCCAACUCCUGCGGGGAGCAGCCAGGGGACUCCAUUUGGUGCCGUUCCACUGGCACCCACCAGUCAGCCAAACAGCCUCACAGACGUGGGCAGCUUCCUGGGACCCGGGGUGCCCACUGCAGGUGUUCCUAGCAGCCUUUUCGGGAUGGCCGGCCAGGUCCCCCCACUCCAGUCUGUCACGAUGGGCAGCAGCAGCAGCACAGGGCUGGCCUUUGGAGCCUUCACCAACCCUUUUGCAGCUCCCGCCGCCCAGCCCCCACUGCCUUCCACCAACCCAUUCCAGCCCAAUGGCUUGGCGCCAGGGCCAGGCUUUGGGAUGAGCAGUGCUGGGCCUGGCUUCCCCCAGGCAGUGCCACCCACCGGGGCCUUUGCCAGCUCCUUCCCAGCACCGCUGUUCCCCCCGCAGACCCCGCUGGCUCAGCAGCAGAAUGGCUCUUCCUUCGGGGACUUAGGAUCAGCCAAGUUGGGGCAGAGGCCACUGAGCCAGCCAGUUGGGAUCUCCACCAACCCCUUCAUGACUGGACCUUCAUCAAGCCCAUUCGCCUCCAAGCCUCCAACCACCAACCCCUUCUUGUAGCACUGUGUUUUUGGGGGACCUCUUCCCUGCCUUCUGGGGCCCUCUGCUCCCUAGAGCUCUGGUGACCACUUACCUGUGGGCGUUUCUAUGGGCCUUGGGGAUGGUGGAGGUGCUAAUGCUUUGCUUGGGGCCUACAGGUGAAAGGUGGCUGUCCUCAGAUUCCACAAAACCUCUGCUCCCCUCCCUCGUCCCACCCCCACCCAGGCAGGAAGCCCAGGAGGAGUGCGGGCAGGGCCUGGCCUGGAGGAGUGAUAGUUGAGGGGAGGGAUUUUUUUCAAAUG